AUGAUCUCAGAGAAAGCCGCUACAGCUCUCGCAACAGUAGGAACAGUAUGCUGGUGUAUUCAACUAAUCCCACAAAUAUGGUAUAACUGGAAACGUAAGGAUUGUACUGGUUUACCACCAUUGAUGAUGCUUCUUUGGGUUUUCUCGGGUAUCCCAUUUGCCAUUUAUUUUUGCGUAAGUGAAGGCAAUCUGGCAUUGCAAGUACAGCCUCAUCUGUUCAUGUUUUUCUGUGGUAUAAGCUUUAUUCAGACAUGUUAUUACCCACCAGUACAAUUACCAAAGAUCAAAAUUGCCGCCAUCCUGGGAAUCUUUGCAGCUACGUGCGUUGGUAUGGAAGUAGGUUUCAUUCUUUGGUUGCGUCCGUUGUAUAGGAAAGGCACCCAUUGGCCCGCUCUUAUCUUUGGUAUUCUCGCAUCGGUACUUUUGGCUCUGGGAUUGUUACCACCAUAUUUUGAACUUGCCAAGAGGCGAGGCCGUGUUAUUGGUAUCAACUUUCUGUUCUUGUCUGUAGACUGUUUGGGCGCCUGGUUAUCAAUCAUCAGUGUCAUUGUGGGGAACAUGGAUAUUAUGGGAAUCGUAUUAUACUGCAUAGUGGCCGCUUUAGAGAUGGGGAUCUUCACAUCGCAUAUUAUAUGGUGCUGCAGGUUCAAGUGGUUUCGUAAAGGAGCUGUGGAGGAGACCGAUUUGGAAAUGGAAUCCACCAACGAUGCCGCCGAAGUCAAGAGUGAUCUCGAAACGGCUACAAAUGAUGUAGGGGCAGUAAGUGGUACUGAAGAUCACCUACGAGGGAAAAUUUAG